ACAUUUAUUCAAUACGAACAUAAUGUUCAACACACAUGUUUUGAAGGUUACUUGGUUUCAAAUUACUAUGCGUAAGAAAAAUUUUUAACGUACUCAAAAGUUGGUUCAUCCCAGCAGUAGGUUAGAGUUCACAAUUGCCGCAGUGUAUGUGCGACUGUGCGCUGCUGUUACCGGGUUUUUAAUUUGUUGGAAAGUGAUUCAUCGAAAAAGAAAAAUUAAGAACGGAGGAGAAUGGCCUCUGAUUCGGGCUACGGUCAGCCUGGCGCUCAAAGCUAUGGAGCUUAUCCUCCAGCUCAGCAGAGUGGGCCGGGCUACGGUCAAGGAAAUGGAAGUGGCUCAUAUGGCGGACAGAGUUAUGCUGGCUAUGGACAGUCUGCAGAGGGUUAUGGCCAAACAGAGGCGGCAAGUUAUGGCCAGCCGGCCUAUGAUGUCUAUGGGCAACAAGGUUCGGAUUCCGCUGCUGGUGGUGCUGACAAGUCGUCAUACAGUCAGCCAAGUUCGUAUGGCGGCACCGCCGGUGGCGGCUCUUAUGGACAAUCUCAAGGAGGCUACAAAGGUCGAAGUGAAGGUGAAGGCGGUCAGGGCAGGAGGUAUGGUGGAGAUGAUGGGGGCUCAGACAGGGGCUCUUCUGACGGGUAUAGAGGCCGAGGGCGUGGUGGGUACGAGCGCGGGGGAUACGACAGGGGUGGAAGAGGCGGCCCUCCAUCCGGUAUGGGAGGUGGUGACCGUGGUGGCUACAAAAAUUUCGGUGGUCCUCGAGACUAUGGCUCAAGGGAUGAACCAACUGGAGGUAGUGGCGGUAGCCAAGGUAGCGGCAGCGGUGGGGAGCAGGACAACUCUGACAACAACACCAUCUUUGUCCAGGGACUGGGAGAAGAUGUCACAAGUGAUGAAGUGGGCAACUACUUCAAACAGAUUGGGAUUAUUAAGUUGAACAAGAAGACUGGCCUGCCCAUGAUCAACCUGUACUCUGACAAGGCUACUGGAAGACUGAAAGGAGAGGCCACUGUCUCAUUUGAUGAUCCACCUUCCGCCAAAGCGGCCAUUGAGUGGUUUGACGGAAAAGAAUUCCAAGGGAAACCCCUCAAAGUGUCUUUUGCCACCCGAAGAGCUGAGUUCACGCAGAGGGGUGGCGCUGCAGGAGGAGGAAGAGGUGGCGGAGGAGGUUUUGGAGGCCGUGGUCGUGGACGUGGGUUUGGAGGUGGCGGCGGAGGCGGUGGUGGUGGUGGUGGACCCAACUUUGACAUUAAGGGAGGGGACUGGCCAUGUCCUAACAGUUCUUGUGGCAACAUGAACUUUGCGCGACGAUACGAAUGCAACAAGUGUGGCACACCGAAACCAGGGGACAGCGGAGGAGAUCGUGGUGGCGGCAGAGGAGGGUAUGGUGGUGACAGGGGCGGCGGCUACAGAGGCCGUGGGGGAUUCCGUGGAGGUGACCGCGGUGGUUAUGGCGGAGGUGGAUAUGGUGGUGACAGGGGCUACAAGAUGGGAGGAAGAGGUGACCAUAGAGAAGACAGAAGAGACCGGCCAUACUAAGGAUUCACAUGGACACCAUUCCAGCCCAGGGGUUAGGGGAAGGGAGGGGGGAUUGAUAUACACUUUGAUUUGCAUUCCUUUCAUUACCAAUGCAUCACAUGUACUGCUUCUGAUCUGUCUUGUCUGGAGGUCAGGGUAAAGAUGUGCAACUACUGUGAAAGGACUUUUGGGCUGAUAAGCAGGGUUGUUGAAGUGGCCGGGUCAAAUGUCAUGUUUUUUGUUUAUUUUCAUUUCCCCGAUUCUAAGUCCAGGCAUUGUGAGGUAGACUUCUAAGACUUCGUAUCAUUGUUUUGUAAAAUUGAAAUGAACUGUUUUACUUGGGUUUCUCUUUUUUCCAAAUGAUAUUAAACUGUUCUGAUCUUA